CGAAGAACCUCCAAAGUUAAAAAUAACACCAAUGAGAGCUCAACCUCCAACGCCAUUGCCCAAACUCGAAGACGACCUGGACCUAUCAACUCGGCCCACUUCAUUCCCGAAUCAAACUCCUAACACCUCAGUCCCUGGUCAUCGGAAAAAAGGUACCGGUGUCAGGGCAUGGCUUUUACUGGACUCGAUGGGCCAGACCCAGGUGGUGGAGACCGGAAAGCAUGCUAUCAUGAGACGCACGGGUUUACCUCCGCGAGAUCUUCGGAUAUUGGAUCCGCUUCUGUCGUACCCGUCAACGGUCCUGGGUCGAGAAAGGGCUAUCGUGAUUAACUUGGAGCACAUAAAGGCAAUCAUCACGGCCCAAGAGGUUUUGCUGUUGAAUUCUAAGGAUCCUUCGGUUAAGCCGUUUGUUGAUGAGCUGCAAAGCCGGAUUUUGUGUCAUUAUCAAGCAACCAAAGUCCAGGAUGGUGCGGUUGAUGAUUCCAACUGCAUAAUUCGAACUAGUUCCAAACAUUGGUCAGCAAGGUUUUCACAGCCUAAGAAUCAAGAUGAGGAAGGUGACGCAGAAGAGAAACGGGGUCUUGAGAACUCAGAUGGAUCAGAGAUUCUUCCUUUUGAGUUUGUUGCACUGGAGGCAUGCCUUGAAGCUGCUUGCAGCUGCUUAGAAAAUGAAGCAACAACAUUGGAGCAAGAGGCUCAUCCAGUCUUAGAUAAGCUGACCUCAAAGAUUAGUACUCUCAAUUUGGAGCGUGUUCGACAAAUUAAAAGCCGGUUGGUUGCAAUAACUGGGCGAGUUCAGAAGGUGAGGGAUGAAUUGGAACACUUGCUAGAUGAUGGUGAAGAUAUGUCUGAGAUGUAUUUAACUGAGAAACUUCUUGAAAAUUCUUCAACCUCGUCUAUGAAUGAGGCAGAUGAUAUGGAUGAAGAGGUUCUUCAGCCAGACAUUGACAAGAGGAAAACAGCUGAAAUCUCUUUGGCAACCAAUUAUGACGGUGAUCUCCAAGACUCUGACAACCUCCAAGAUUAUUUAUUUGGUGCUCCUAAUGCAAUUGGCAGAGCCAGCCAUGGAACUCGUACAAGUACCACUCACAGUGCCAUCAUCAAGCACCUUGAUGUAGAGGAGUUAGAAAUGCUCUUGGAAGCAUACUUCAUUCAAAUUGAUGGCACACUGAACAAGCUAUCCACGUUGAGGGAAUAUGUGGAUGACACAGAAGACUACGUUAACAUAAUGCUGGAUGACAAACAGAACCAGUUGCUUCGGAUGGGAAUCAUGCUAACGACAGCAACCCUUGUCCUUACAAGCUUUAUUGUAGUUACUGGUCUCUUAGGCAUGAAUAUCCAUAUUGAGCUAUUUGAUUCAACUGUAUCAGGGAUGCCACAGUUUCUGUGGACGGUUGGAGGUGGUACAACUGGGAUAAUAUUCCUCUACGUGAUUGCUAUUGCAUGGUAUAAGUACAAGCGCUUGUUAUAGUAGUUGAGACCAAGCUAUAUAGCUUCUGAAGCCACGCAUAUAUAUGGGUGCUUUAUGCGGACAAGACUAAUGGUUACGUAAUUACAUUUAUAUAUCCUGUACAUGGUGACCUGUAUUACCCUGUAUAAAUCUCUCGAAUGCUUUUUUUUUAACAAUUUGUAACUGUAAUACAUGCAUUUGUGGCUGC